AUGUCGCCGACGGCUAUCGUCUUUCUCGGCGUUUUCCUCGUUGGCUCUUCGAUGGCCCAGGUUCAGACCGACUUCCCGGUGAGUUUUGGGAGUACGGUGGCUUUAAGGGAUACUGUAGAAGCUUUUUAAGAGGAAAAUUCGAGAAUCCAUCUGUUUAUUGAAAAUCUUCUAACAGUUGGAAGAGUCAGGCGAGAAAAUAUUUCUUCAAGUUGAAUAUUUUUGGAUAGGUUACUGUAGCUUUAAUUACAGUGGAAGCGUGUAAUUUCAAUGCACGAAAUCAAAUUCUCGUUUUUCUUCGGUUCUGCCGCGUUUUGGGAGUACGGUGGCCUUUGAGGAUUACGGUAGAAGGUUUCAAGUAGAAAUUUCGAGUUUAAAUAAUGAUCGACUUUUUUUAAAUUGUCUGCCCUUCAUCUGAAGGAACAGGAUAGGGAAUUUUUUUUGAAAAGACUGUGACUUUCGGGUUACUGUAGCUUUUUCUUACAGUAAAAGGUCUGAAUCUCAACAGAAGAGCCGAAUUUUGUGUUUCUCUGAUAAUUAAGGUUCACGAAAAUUUUUUCCGAUAGGCACGACAUUUUUGUGUUUUGAAAACUUUUACUACGAUAAAAAAAAUGUGAUUUUCCAUUUCUCUGAUAGAAUUCUGUUAGCCCAGACCCAUUUUUCGGUGAUUUUUGGGAGUGCGGUGGAUUAUAUUGACCUUUAGUAUCGUAGAAGAGCUAUAUUUGGAUCUUUUUGGGUUUCAUCGGUUUUCCUCAUUGAUAAAAAGGUUCUCUAGAACCUUAAAAAUAAUUCUUAGCCGAUAUUUAGUGGGAGGAUUAUUUUUCGGAGAGUUAAUAAGGUAGAAAAUAAAACAUUGAGUAAACUGACUCUCAAGAAGCCACACUUUUUGUAGCUAUGUUUGAGCCGCCUAUUGUGCCCCUUAAGUGAUUACUUGAGGGAACAGCAGUGAUUUAUCGAUUCUUCCAAUACAGAAAUUCAUCUGCCAACUGAAGGAAUCCUGUAACAGAGCUUCUGGACAUAACCUGAAAUGAUAUAUUUCUAAAGGCUUAUUAAAGUAUUGCUCCAUUAAUCAGUGACGUCACAAAACCUGGAAAAGAAGCCAAAAAAAAAGGACAUUAUAUAUUAAUAAAAUUUUUUGUGGGACUCAAGUGAGCACUUGAGAGAUCGGUAUUUUCAUACGUUAAUUAACGUGCAUUUUUUUAGAGUUAGAAUUUUUUAUUAGGAUAAGUAUAUGUAUAAUCAGACUUUACUACACUCCUACACUGUCACAUUAUUGUUAUAGGAACAAAUUAUUCAAAAAAAUUACCAAAGAAACUGCGAAAUCACCUAGCUCAUGGGAAAACCUAACUGGUGCGUCCGAAAAAUAUUUUUCUGGUGUUUUUUGAACAAUCAGCGGUUUUUUCAGAACCUUUCACUGGCUGCCCUUCAUAGGAUCAUGCCUUUUGCGGCCGACGACAAGGCCGCCAAUGUUCGUUUUUUUUUUUGAUACUUUUUUUUUGAUCAAACGGACGUUUUCGGAUGAAUAAAAGUAUUGAUUAAGCUCUGCAAGACGCUGAACUCAAAAAUGACGGAUUUGGCUGGCCAAAAAACGGCUGUCAACAACUUUUUCACUGCCGGUAAUCACAUCGCGGUGGGUUUUUGAUGAUUUUUCAAUUUUUUGAGGGUUUCAGAAAUCGUUUUCUCUUUUUUGAACUUUUCGAACAGAAGCAAAAGUCAGAAAUUUGUGGGAGAAUAGAAAAAAAAAAUGGUUUUGUAGGAAUUUCAGCUCAAAAAAGCUUAAUUUUUUUCAGUUUUUCAAAGUUGCAUACGCUUUUUUGAGUGUAUACAACUUUGAAAUAAUUUUUUUCAGUUUUUUUCAAAAUUGAAUAAGCUUUUUCAGAGCCUAUUAAAUGUUCUCAAUUCGCUUUAAUAGUUUGAAAAAAAUUUAAAUAAAGCCUGGAAAAUCAAGGUUUUCAUCGUCACACUUGAUAAAAAAACUGAUUAGAGUCUCAUGAAAUCUUGAAAAUUUCCAAUUUUUCUAAUCAUACAAUCCCUGACCCGACCUGAAGCGACUUUCGCACUAUCGAAUUUAAAUACAUAUUAAUACUUCGAACCCAUUUCCAUGUGAUCAAGUUUCAUGUGAAGUUGAAAAAAUCUAAUUCAGGGCGGAAAAAUCGGAAUGAAGACUCUCUCCCAGUUCGACAACGCCACCUUCAGCAAGGCUAAGCUUAUCGCUCUGCUUUCUCAGGUUCGACUGGACGUUUUUAAAAUCCGAACAGAUAUUUUUUUGAAGUUAAGAUGUCUAAUUUUAGAGACAAGCCCUGAAAAAAUGGUUCAACAACUACACAACCGUAGUGACUAGGGUGGCCGAUGCAGCGACUGCCACCAAGGUUUGAGCAGCCGCGUUUGGAAUGGGUUGGACGCGUCGCGGUCGCGUUGCGCAAGAUUUUGAGCGGCUUCUUGACGGCCUAUGCUUCGAGAUGCCACCCCGCGCGAGUCUUUCGUUUUGAGGAGAAGAAAAAUCCUCCUCGAUAGAACCGCGAUGCAUUGAGCGACCCUAAGACCUCUCUAGAAGAAUAAAUAAUCAAUCAAUAAUUGAUAAGAAUCAAUAUCGAUCUUUUGUUCAGCACAAGAAAAUGUUCAUGCUGUGGGACAUCAACUACAUGAACUCGAUCGAAUAUUCGUUGGCCUAUUUCCUUGUGACAAUCGCUUUCUCUGUGAGUUUUAAAAAUGCAAAAAAAAAACAUUUCUGGAUCACUGGAGGGAUUAGAAAGAAAAAAUUUCAAUGAUGGCCUAGUUUUCCAAAUUUUGAGACGCCUGAAGGCCGAACUUCCCAAUGUUCAUAAUUUUUAUUUUCCUAUUGACCUAAUAAGGAUUGCUCUCUUUUCAAGCCUUUUGUUCAAUAACUUCUGAAUUAUUCAAUUUUUCUGGUACUAUGUUUCACACAAGUUUUGAAGGCCUGAGUUUCCAAAUCUCCUAAAUUAAUCGACUUCUCGUGACCUAAAACUCCAAAUUCAGUGUGGCUGAGAUUUGAGCCAGCUUCAAGUGUUCCCAGUGAUUUUAAAUCUCAUGGAGGCUCGACUUUCGAAUUUUAGUGACGUCUAACUAACUGGCGACCUAACUUUCCAAAUUUGAAUGUUUUGUAGUUUUUGACGGCUUGAAAAAACUAAUUACCUGCUUGCAAUAUUUGCCGGAUCCUGAGUUUUGAAAAAUAUCACAUCUUCACUUGAUAUGAUCAUAAAAACCAUCAAAAUUUCAAUAACUGUUUUGGUUUUUUUUUUAAAUCGUGUCAAGACCCUUUUUUUGAUGGCCAAGUCAGCUGUGAAUCAGCUAGAAGAUCUCACGGCCUAAAUUCCCAAAUCCAACACUUUCGGAACAAUUUCCAGGACAACGACGGCAAACUCACCGAUGCGGUUGUCGACACUUUCAACGCCGCCGAGACCAAAACCCCAGAAAUCGCUUUUAUUGUCAGUUUUAUCGAUUAUUCUCUGAAGAAAACGGAAUUUUCCAGCUCUACACGGAAGCCUUCAUGCGCAACCACAACCAGACUUACAUGACCGGAAAAUGGUGA